CUCAGCCUCCCUUCCCUGGCAGACGCUUGGGUGCUGCCGCGCCUGCAUCCUCUUCUCUCUGACUCUUUUUUGUUUUUUUUCCUCCCACUCCCACAAAUGCAACCCGUAGUUUAACAGCUGAGAACGUAAGAAACAAAGAAAAGAAAAUAGAAGAAAAAACAGACAAAAGUAGCCACUCCACGAGGCGACUCACAACAAUGACCCCGUCCUGACUAUAUCUGAAUGGAUUAAGCCAAUCUAUUCCGAGCUCUAAUGAGAUUAGAGAGUCAGCGCGCCGACGUGGGUCGCGGCGGCGCGGCACCUUUCGUUGAGCUCCUCAGUCGGGGAACAUUUGUCCCCGUCAGCCAGCAGACCUGCCCGGCGUGGAAAUGGCGCGUGCGAUGCCGCGGACGCGAGUGGAAAAUAACGGACGCUUGAACGCACGCUCACCUGUGCUGCUUUUGUGGCGCGCGGAUUCCUCGAAGUGAGAGAAGAGUUCGCGGCGGCGCGAGCGGCAGCAGCAGCAGCAGCAGCUGUCAACCGGAGGAGAGAUGAAGUACCAGAAGUAUAUAACGGUGAUGCAGAUGGCCAUGGGAGUGACAGCCUCCAACAAAGACUGCCUUCCCGUUAAGAGACAGCUGUGGGUAACCCCGCAAGAAGGAGAUUCAUCCCCCUCAGAUGUUCCCGGGUCUUCUAGUGGAUCAGUAGGUGCUACUGGUGGCGCAGGUGCUAUAGCUUUGCCUGCCACCUCAACUCUCUCGUUGCCUCUGAGCCAAGCUAAACCUUCUCUGCGUCGCAUCAAGGGCCGCAUCCAUCGCAGCAAGAGCCUGGACAGCAUGGACCUGCUCGACUCCAGCAGUGCAGCGAUGGAAGAAACAAUAAUAUGGGAACAGCACACAGUGACUCUUCACAGGGCAGCAGGAUUUGGGUUUGGCAUCGCCAUCUCAGGCGGACGAGACAACCCUCAUUUCCAGAGCGGAGAGACGUCCAUUGUUAUAUCUGAUGUGUUGAAAGGAGGACCUGCAGAGGGUCAGCUACAGGAAAACGAUCGAGUCGUGAUGGUCAACAGUGUCUCCAUGGAUAACGUGGAGCAUGCAUAUGCCGUUCAGCAACUUCGCAAGAGUGGCAAAAAUGCAAAGAUUACUAUUCGUCGGAAAAGAAAAGUACAACUCCCAGUUUCCAAGCCUGGCGACAGGGAGACGAUGUCUGAGCACGAGGAAGAGUACAGUGAUGAGGACGACGGUUAUGAUCGCCAGGGUGGCCACGCUGGCCAAAGUGCCUACGGAGGCGCGAGUGGAGGCGCCGGCAGGCGUCACGAGCGUGAGCGCAGCAACAGCGGGAAGCGGGAUCACAGUGCCUCGCGGGAGAGAAGCAUCUCACCGCGUUCUGAUCGCCGAUCACAAGCCUCAUCUGCUCCUCUCAAGCCUUCCAAGGUCACCCUCGUCAAGUCCCGAAAAAAUGAAGAAUAUGGCCUACGGCUGGCCAGCCACAUCUUUGUGAAAGACAUCUCUCCAGAGAGCCUGGCUGCCAGAGAUGGAAACAUCCGGGAGGGGGACGUCGUGCUAAAGAUCAAUGGCACCGUUACAGAGAACCUCUCGCUGAUAGAUGCCAAGAAGCUGAUCGAGAGGUCAAAGGGCAAGCUAAAGAUGGUGGUGCAGAGAGAUGAAAGAGCCACGCUGCUCAACAUUCCCGACCUUGACGAUAGCGUCCCGUCAGCCAAUAACUCCGACAGAGAUGACAUUUCAGAGAUCCAUUCGCUGACAUCCGACCAUUCCAACCGAUCCCACGGGAGAGGUCAGUCACGCUCCCCCGACAGGAUGGACGCCGCGGACAUCCUCCGUCACUCUCCUCGGCAGAUAAGCAACGGCAGCCACCGGAGUCGAGAUGAGGAGCGCAUCUCCAAGCCGGGGGGCAUGUCCACUCCAGUCAAAGCCUUUGACGAUGGUGUGUUGUCUCAGGCCAGCGACCAGGCCAGCUCCAGUAACGACAAACAGCUGCCUCCGCUGCCUGAACCAAAGCCAGUGUAUGCACAACCCGGUCAGCCAGAUGUGGACCUGCCCGUCAGCCCCUCCGACGCACCAGUGCCCAGCGCCUCUCACGACGAAAGCAUCCUCAGGCCAAGUAUGAAAUUGGUCAACUUCAAGAAGGGAGAGAGUGUUGGGCUGCGGUUAGCUGGGGGGAACGACGUGGGGAUUUUUGUGGCAGGAGUUUUGGAGGAUAGUCCAGCUGCUAAGGAGGGGCUGGAGGAGGGGGACCAGAUUCUCAGGGUCAACAAUGUGGACUUUGCCAACAUCAUCCGAGAAGAGGCAGUGUUGUUUCUGUUGGAUCUCCCAAGAGGAGAAGUUGUUACUAUUCUGGCACAGAAGAAAAAAGAUGUGUAUCGGAGGAUAGUGGAGUCUGACGUCGGCGACUCUUUCUACAUCCGGACACAUUUCGAAUACGAGAAGGAAUCUCCUUAUGGACUGAGCUUUAACAAGGGCGAGGUUUUUCGUGUGGUGGACACGCUCUACAAUGGCAAAUUAGGCUCCUGGCUCGCUAUCCGCAUCGGGAAGAAUCACCAGGAAGUGGAAAGAGGCAUCAUUCCCAACAAGAACAGAGCGGAGCAGCUAUCCAGUGUGCAGUACACCCUCCCUAAAACUCCAGGGGGCGACAGAGCGGACUUCUGGAGGUUCAGAGGGCUGCGAAGUUCCAAGAGGAAUUUGCGGAAAAGCAGGGAGGACCUGUCCGCCCAGCCGGUUCAGACCAAGUUCCCUGCCUACGAGAGGGUUGUGCUGAGGGAAGCCGGAUUCCUGAGGCCAGUGGUUAUCUUUGGGCCGAUCGCAGAUGUGGCCAGGGAGAAACUGGCCCGGGAGGAGCCAGAAAUAUUUGAACUAGCAAAAACACAGCAACAACAAGGAGGGGAAAGGAGCGAACCGAGGGACGCAGGAACCGACCAGAAAAGCUCGGGCAUCAUUCGCCUGCACACGAUCAAGCAGAUCAUUGACAGAGACAAGCAUGCGGUGCUGGACAUCACCCCCAACGCAGUGGACCGUCUGAACUACGCUCAGUGGUAUCCGAUUGUUGUGUUUCUAAACCCGGACACCAAACAGGGAGUCAAGAACAUGAGGACCCGACUGUGCCCCGAUUCCAGGAAGAGUGCCAGAAAGCUUUUUGACCGAGCUCUCAAAUUAAGGAAGAACAACCACCACCUCUUCACCACAACCAUUAACCUGAACAGCAUGAAUGAUGGCUGGUUUGGAGCACUGAAAGAGAUAAUCCAGCAGCAGCAGAACCAAUUGGUGUGGGUUUCAGAAGGCAAGGCUGAUGGGGCCGGUGAUGACGACCUAGACAUCCACGACGACCGCCUCUCCUACCUGUCGGCGCCGGGCAGUGAGUAUUCCAUGUACAGCACCGACAGUCGGCACACGUCCGACUACGAGGACACGGACACGGAGGGAGGAGCCUACACCGACCAGGAGCUGGACGAGACAAACGAUGACGUGGGCCUGCCCGCCGAGCUGGCCAUCACCCGGUCCUCGGAGCCGGUCCGGGAGGAGCCGCCGGUCAUCCAGGAGCCCCCCGGCUACGUGCCCUUCUCGCACUCGGUGCAGCCGGACCCACUGAACCGCAUCGAUCCGGCUGGGUUCAAAGCCCCAGUGCCGCAGCAGAGAGCAGAGGCCACGCCUAGCAUCUCCAGGCAGCCUGAGCCGCUGGCUGAGGCUGUGCCCCCUGCUGUCGACGUUACUGUAAAAACUGUAGGGGCUCUGAGCAUUGAUGAGGCUCCCGCAGCUCCUUACAGCAAGCCGAGCCCCAGCCAAGAGGCUGGCUCGGUUAGGAGGCCCACCCCUGAGCUAGCGCCUCAGAGCAUCACCCCAGAGCCUCUACAGUCCGGACUGGCCAGUCCAGAACCAAAGAUGUUUCAGAAGGAUCCGUACGGCGCGGAAAACACGGGCAGGAUCCCGAACAGCAUGAAGGCUGGGAACUACAACCCUCCGCAGCCAUAUCACCCCGACCAGCAGACGUACAGAGAUUACGACCAUCCGCCCAGUCGCUACGACGUCGGCAGCGGAGGCGGGGGUUACCCAGAGUCAAAGUACAGGAGCAACAAUCAUAUCCCGCUCUACGAGAACAGUAUGCCUCAGUUCGACCAGCAGCAGCAGUGGAACCCCUACGGCCAGCCGCCCUCUACUGCCAACUCCCAGGGCUAUGACCUCCGUCUGCGUUACGCCGAUGAGCCCGAAGCACAGUACACCCCUCCUCUACGCUACGACGAGCCCCCACCACAGCAGGGCUUCGAUGGACGACCUCGUUACGGAAAACCAACAGCCCCAGGCCCGGUUCAUUAUGACGACCUCCCGCCACCUCCUCAAGGAUCUGAUCUCAUCUACGACCAGGAUUCCCGCUUGGGGUACCCGUCAGCCAGCCGCUCCCCAGAACCCGCGCCCCAGCGACCCGCCUAUAACCAGGGGCCGAGCUUGCAGCCGAAAGGCUUCAAACCCCAGCACUACGACCCGACUCCAGCGAACUCUGUAGCCAGCCUUACGCCUCCUCCAAAAGCAGACACCCUCUCCCCUUCACCCAUGGAGGCUGCAAAACCCGCACCUUCCAGAGACGAGCCCCAGGAGGACGAUCCCGCCAUGCGGCCCCAGUCCGUCCUGACGAGGGUCAAGAUGUUCGAGAACAAACGGUCCGUGUCGGUGGAUCGAGUCAGAGAUGCGGGGGAUUCGACUGGAAACAGGGCCGCUGAUUUACCCCUGAAAGCAGGUGGCGUGAUCCCUAAAGCAAAUUCUCUUAGCAACCUGGAUCAAGAGAAGACCUUUAGAGCUCCCGAGCCCCAGAAGACGCAGCCCAAGGCAGCUGACGACAUCGUCCGCUCUAACCAUUACGAUCCAGAGGAGGACGAGGAUUACUACAGGAAGCAGCUGUCCUACUUUGACAGACUUCAGACCGGCCCUAACAAACCACAAGCACAAACAGCUCACACCUUCCCCAGGACUGAGCCAGUAGAGAAGCCGAGUCCAGUGGAGAAAAAGUAUGAACCAGUUCCUCAGGUGACGCCGUCUCUGCCACCCGCCACACUGCCUAAACCGUUGCCUGAAGCCAAGGUUCCAGUCCGAGAAAACACUGUCCACAGCAACUUUCUGCCUCAGAAGAGCUUCCCUGAAAAGUCUCCAGUUAACGGCACAAGCGAACCGCCUCCAAAGACGCUCCCCGGCACCGGGGCGCCAUCCAGCUACAACCGCUUUGUUCCCAAGCCCUUCACCACUUCCGCCAAGCCUUUCUCGCGGAUGUUCGACAGUCCGAAAUUCAACCACAACCUUCUGUCCAACGAUAAACCUGAGAUUGCUCCAAAGGCUCCAAGCUCCAGUCCAGUGAAGCCUCAGAUCCCGCCGCAGCCUCAGAACGCGGACCACGACAGCGGCCUGGACACGUUCACACGCACUCUGGAUAAUCGCCCCAAACACCAGCAGAACAACGUCAACGCCGUGCCCAAGGCCAUCCCUGUCAGCCCGAGCGCCCUCGAAGACGACGACGAAGACGAGGGUCACACUGUGGUCGCGACAGCCCGCGGUAUCUUCAACGGCAACGGCGGCGUCCUGAGCUCCAUCGAGACGGGGGUCAGCAUCAUUAUCCCGCAGGGCGCCAUCCCCGACGGAGUGGAGCAGGAGAUCUACUUCAAGGUCUGCCGAGACAACAGCAUCCUGCCGCCGCUCGACAAGGAGAAAGGAGAGACUUUGCUCAGCCCUCUGGUGAUGUGUGGACCUCAUGGCCUCAAGUUCUUGAAGCCUGUGGAGCUGCGCUUACCUCACUGUGCGUCAAUGACCCCUGAUGGUUGGUCUUUUGCUCUAAAAUCCUCCGACUCCUCGUCGGGUGACCCUAAAAGCUGGCAGAACAAGUCUCUGCCCGGAGACCCCAACUACCUAGUGGGAGCCAACUGUGUGUCUGUGCUCAUCGACCACUUUUAAAGGGGGGGGACGACCAGACCAGGAGGCGCAAUGUUGCUGAAUGCGGGAGAGAUGAAGGCGACGGGCUCAUAUUAAAACACACACGCACACACACACUGCACAUGCACUACAGCUGCAGUCCAACCGUACCAACGCAGCACACAGCGGAGUAUGAAGGAUAGGCGGUCGGUGCUGUUUACUGCUCCCAGAUGAAGGCGAGACUCUGUCGUCAGUUUGAAGUUUGGAUGUGAAGUAAAACCCUCUGGUGCAUGCCCCCCCCCCCCUCCCACAUCUCUAAAAUAUCAACGCUAUAUAUAAAGUGCUGUUUAUUCCUGUCAUUUACUGAAGUAUACCUGGACGGAUGGCUUUGGAAGCAGCAUACAUGCUUCAGAAAAGCAUCUUUAUGCUGUAUACGCCCGUACAGUGUAUAAAUAUAUAGACGUAUGGAAGGGAGUUGCUUAAACUGUAUUCAGGAGUUCAUUUCCAAGUUUAUUUUUUAGUUCAGGGGACGGAACAUGAAGAAUUAUCAGCAGGUUGAGGUUUUUUUUACUGAAGGUUUGCGAUAUGUAGGGACGUUGGAAAGGUAACGGCGAUGAACCGAAGCAGCACACUUAAAGACAUCUUUACUCCUUCCCUUUUUCUACCUUUUUCCUGUGAGAUCCGGUAGCUUCCUGCCCUUCCUCCCCUGAGCACCUCGUCUCCUUCCAGCCUGAGGGGGAUCUAUGCAUGUUCUUUACUCAGGUUCUGUAACCUUCCUCGGUUCCUUCCUGGCAUCUCUUUCCUCUUCCUCCCCGGCAACUCUUGCACUCACACACACAAAUAAGCAGCGAUGCCUUAUCUGCAGAUUAUUCACUUUUCAUAAAGAAAAAAAAAAGUACAUAACUUAUGAUAAAUUAUGGUAUAAUGGCAACUGUUUUUUUUGCCAUUGUUUUGUGGACCCACUGUAUAAAUAAACUUGGGUUUAACACUCGAUAACAGUUGGCAAAAGAUAAAGGUAAGCUCUUCUUUUAUCUGCUAUGCAUUACUGAAAAGACAGAUAAGAAGCGCUGUAAAUAAAGCUAGUAUAUUGCCUUGUUUCUUCUGUUUGUAAAUGAACUUUUUUUUUUAUGUCUUUCUUUUUUUGUAUAAAACUUAGAGAAAACAUUAAAAAGCAGAAGAAAGUGAACAAGUUUUCUUUGCAUUCUGGAUAUACCCUCAAGCCUUUGAACUGUAACCAACAAUAAUACAUCGAACCUUUUUCUACCAAUAUAUUCACACGAUGUGGACACAGAAAAAGUACUUUUUACUUAUUGGAGGAUCUCAUAAGUACUUGAACUAAAAGACAUUAAAACACGUGCUCUGACGGUGUCCCCCUCACUGAUUUGUGAUACCGGAUGCUAUAUUGUGUGCCCUUAAAUGUAUUUUUGUACUAAUAGACAAUAUAAUAUGUACGGCACACCGAUACAGUUUUAUUUUUAGUAUAACACAGCUUUAAUUGAAUAUUAGCUCUUCACGUGUGGCUGACUUUUUUUUUGUUUGUUUUUUUCCUCCUCUUCGACACUUUUACCACUGUAUUAAUAAAUAAAACCAUUUUGAAAAUAAAGUCCAUGGAGGUUGUUUUUAUAUGCCUAAAUUUUUUUUAAACACUUUGUUUUCCUUCCCUUUUUUGAUUUGCCUGGUUGUUGAGCUUAACUUAAGGUUCACUUCUUUCUUUUUUUUGUUGCACCACUGUGAUAUUGCUGCAAUGCUCAUUUAUUCUGGUUAUCUAAUUUCAUUUGGAUUAUAUUGAUUAAAUGCUUUUAUUAAAACAAAAUAAAAGAAAAUGUAGGUC